GUGAGGGGCGGGCUAUCAGGGCCAGUCUGUCUACCGAGACGAGACACAGACGGCAGGAGCGCGCGACAGAGCAGAGCGCACAGCAACACAAGCGGAGCUGCGCCUUUUCUCCUCGCUCAGAUUUCCAGACACACACUCACACACAGAGGCGGUGUAAGUGGAUGUAUGCAACAGAUCCGUCUACGAUAGCAAGAAAAAACGGCAUUUGAGUUGGUGUUCUUUGUUGUAAAAUCGAAGCUAAAAAGAAAGCUGUGACCUGGUUCAUCUUGGGUUCUCAAAUCUCCAUCUUUAAGUCGAUUUGCGCGACUUUUCACCGACGGUGAUUUACUGGUGGGAUUUAACAUGUCAGACUUUUGAGAAAGCAUAUUUUUUCAGACCUUGCUCAUCUGUGGAACUGUAGCCCUAACCUGGGUGCUGAAGAUGGGUGCCAAAAUGAAUACACCCAGAGGGAAUAUAGUAUUUUCCACUGCACUAUUAUUAUUUUUGGUUGGAAUUAUGCAGGACGUUUCUGGUAAGAAUUUGAAAUAUAAAGUUUAUGAAGAGCAAAAAGUGGGCACAGUGAUUGCAAGGCUAAAGGAAGACGUGGCGGGUGUUCUUUCUAAAUUACCGAGUUCAGUGUCCUUUCUGUUCCGUGCUAUGCAGCGGGGGAGCACUCCGUUUCUGUCGGUUCGGGAGGAGGACGGUGAAAUCACCAUAGGGACCAAGAUUGACCGGGAGAAGAUUUGUGAACAGAACCUCAACUGUUCCAUCGAAUUUGACGUUAUCACCCUGCCUACUGAAUACCUCCAGCUCUUCCACGUCGAGGUAGAAGUCUUGGACAUUAACGAUAACUCGCCACAGUUCUCACGUGCCAUCAUACCCAUUGAGAUCUCCGAGAGCGCAUCUGUGGGAAACCGGAUCCAGCUGGACAGCGCCACGGACCCAGACGUGGGAGAUAACUCCCUUUACUCUUAUUCCCUGACACCGAAUCACUUUUUCAAAAUCGACAUUAGGACCAGAACCGACGGUGCCAAAUACGCAGAGCUUGUUGUGGUGAGAGAGCUGGACCGGGAGGUGCAGUCCAACUACCAGUUGCAGCUUACGGCCUCAGACAAUGGAGUCCCCCCGAAGUCCGGCUCCACUUUGCUCAAGAUAAGCAUCUCGGACUCUAAUGACAACAGUCCGGCUUUUGACGAGCAGUCUUACGUUAUUAAUCUCAUGGAAAACUCACCACUAGGGACUCUACUGAUUGAUUUAAACGCCACAGAUCCGGAUGAGGGCACAAACGGUAAAAUAGUUUACUCUUUCAGCAGUCAUGUCUCUCCCAAAAUACUGGAGACGUUUAAAAUCAACCCUGAAAAUGGUCAAAUCACUUUGAUUAAAAAAGUGGACUAUGAAUCUACGUCAUCUUAUGAGCUGGACAUUCAGGCACAGGAUCUGGGUCCCAACUCCAUCCCUGGACUUUGUAAAAUCGUCAUCAAAGUGGUGGACGUGAACGACAACAAACCGGAGAUCAACAUUAACCUGAUGACUCCUGGCAAGGAGGAGGUGGCCUACAUCUCGGAGGGCGCGCCAGUGGACACCUUUAUAGCACUGGUGCGCGUGGACGACAGUGACACGGGGCUCAACGGUGACGUGGUGUGCCGCCUGCAUGGCCACGGUCACUUCCGGCUGCAGAAGACCUAUGAGAAGAAUUACAUGAUCCUGACCAACGUGUCUUUGGACAGAGAGAAGAGGUCAGAGUACAGUCUGACGGUCAUAGCUGAGGACCGCGGCUCUCCAAGCCUCUCCACAGUCAAACACUUCACUGUACAGGUGUUGGAUGAAAACGAUAACCCGCCUCGCUUUGAGAAGAGUCGCUACGAGGUCUUCAAGUCAGAGAACAACUCUCCAGGGGCCUACCUGAUGACAGUGGUGGCGUCCGACCCUGACCUGGGCACUAACGGUCAGGUGACCUACACGGUGGUGGAAGCUCUGGUCCAGGGAAGCCCCAUCUCCACCUACGUCACUAUCGACCCGUCCAACGGCGCCAUCUACGCUCUACGGAGCUUCGACCACGAGGACGUCAGCCGCAUCGCCUUCACCGUCCAGGCACGCGAUGGAGGGAACCCCGCCCUCUCCUCCAACGCCACCGUCCUCCUGACCGUGCUCGACGAUAACGACAAUCCGCCCACCAUCCAGUCCCCACCCCUACGAAACCACACCGCCGAUCUACCUCUCUGGAGACACGCCUCCGCCGGUCAGCUGGUCACCAUCAUUAAGGCCACCGACCGCGACACCGGUGCCAACGGCGAGCUGAGCUGCUCCAUCGUCGGGGGCAACGAGGAGGGCCUGUUUGUGAUGGACGUGCGGCGAUGCGAGCUGCGGACCAAUGGCAGUCUGGAAGGGGUUCCCAAGGACGUGCUGGAGAUCAGGGUGGAGGUGCAGGAUAGGGGCACCACCCGCCUGUCCACGGGGGCCCUGCUCCGCCUUUCCCUUCAGGAGAACAUGGACAUCCUGCCCCCAGGCCUCCCCACGGGCCCAAGCCAGCCACCUCUGGACCUCUCCCUCAUCAUCAUCAUCUCCCUGGGGGCUGUGUGUGCCCUGCUACUGGUGGUCAUGGUGAUGUUCACCACGGCACGCUGCAGCAGGGAAAAGAAGGACCCACGCAACUCGUACAACUGCAGGGUGGCAGAGAACACGUACCAAAACCACCCGAAGAAGCCCUCUAGGCAGAUCCACAAGGGAGACAUCACCCUGGUCCCCACCGUCAACGGCACCCUGCCCGUACGGGCACACCCACGCUCACCUUCUGCUUCGCCUGCCCCGGAGAGGGGCACCAUGGGCAGCCGGCAGAGCCAACACAGCCGCCAGUCGCUUAACAGCCUAGUCACCAUCUCCUCCAAUCACGUCGCAGAGAACUUUGCUCUGGAACUGGCCCACGCCACGCCCCCUGUCGAGCAAGUCUCACAGCUUCUGUCCAUGCUCCAUCAGGGCCAGUACCAGCCAAGACCCAGUUUCCGUGGCAACAAAUACACCAGGAGCUACAGGUAUGCUCUAAACGACAUGGAUAAGUUUAGUCUGAAGGACAGUGGUCGUGGUGACAGCGACGCUGGGGACAGUGACUACGAGGCAGGGAGAGAGUCUCCCAUCGACAGGCUCCUGGGUGAGGCCUUUACUGAGCUAUACCCCCCUGACGGCCAACACAGACCCCAUCCACAGCAUCCGCAUGCAGCGAUGAGACUGUGCACUGAGGAGUGUCGUGUCCUGGGUCAUUCUGACCAGUGCUGGAUGCCUCCCCUGCCCUCCCCAGCCUCCUCUGACUACCGCAGCAACCUCUUCAUCCCAGGAGAUGACCCCCGCCAGGCCAGAGACCCCGAGCAGCCCCCACAGUCCUCCGACCCCGCUCACCCUCAUGCCCAACGCAGCAACCAGAGCUUCUCCACCUUUGGCAAGGACAACCAGGAGGGGGCCGAGGAGGGAGAGGCGGAAGAUGGGGGAGAGGAGGGGGAGGACCUGUGUGGAACCACCUCCCUGCUGUCAGAGAUGAGCAGCGUGUUCCAGAGGCUCCUCCCCCCGUCGCUGGACUCCUACGUCCAGGUCAGUGAGACCCAGAAGGGAGGUGCGAGUGUGGGGGGUGUAGGUGUCCCAAUGACGGGGUCACUGGACAGGAGGAGGGGUCACUUGCCAGGUAAGCCCAGUGCUGCAGCCCACCAGCAAGGUGUGGCAGCGUGGGCUGCCAACACCCACUUCCAGAACCCCGGAUCUAGCAUCGGGCCCUCAGGACAUCCACACCCCCAGAACGGCAGCUACCACACCCUCAAACCCAGCACCAAGCUCAGCCCCCAGAACAACCACAAGAACCAGGUCGUUGGGCACGGACAGCACGCCCCCACCCCCAAGAACAGCCCUCUCCUCACUGCCCUGGUUAGCCCUACCCUGGUGGUACCCUCCCUGGCCCCUGCCCCCAUCCCUGUCCCUGUCCCCCUCCCGGGGCCUUGCGGUAAGUGGCUCCCAGCCAUGGAGGAGAUCCCAGAGAACUUUGAGGAGGAUGAGUUUGACUCAGUGCUGGGGCAGCUGGGACACCUGCAGGGGAAGAGGAGCGACAGCCGCCAUGAGUUGAUGGACGCCAGCGAGCUAGUGGCUGAGAUCAACAAACUGUUACAGGACGUCCGGCAGAGCUAGACAUUCUUAAAUACCCUCCACUCAACACCUUUGAACUCUGACCUCCAACUUCCUGACCUCCUGUCAGGAGUCCUGCCAUGUUUAUGGAGGGGGAGCUGAGGAGUCUGGGUAGGAAAAAAGAAAAGAGAAACAAACUAAAGAUAUAGACCUGCAAUUGUCAUUAGAGUUGCAUUUCUAACGUAUUUGUGUUUUGUGAAUGCUAAAUAUCCAAAUAAUGUUUGUAUUUUCUGGUUUGGUACACAAUGUACACAAUGUGACUGUAUUUAUCUUUGUAUUUUAAAAAUACAUUUGUAUUCUUAUAUUUAUUUAAAAAUAUGUACAUAAACUUAAUCAAUCAGAAUUAUAUUUUUAUAUACUGAAUGCAUGUUAAAUGGGAGGAAAAAAAAUCAAGAUUUUGACAUGCAACUGAAAAUCUACAUAUUUAAUAUUGUCUUUUGUGAAAUGUUUUUUUAUGUCACUAUUAUUAUAUGUAUACGUGAAUAUAUUCAUUAUUGGACACAAGUCUUUGUGGUGCAUUGUGGGAACGUGUGGAGAAACACAAAUAAAGUGGAAGACACAGAACUAA